UCAAUAUUUUAGGUCGUCCGUUUUAAGCGGUCCUCAAGCUCAGAAGGAAUUUGCGAGACGGAAACAAAUCUGCAUAACAUCAACGCGUAGCAGAAUAAUUGUACCAAAAUGUUGAGGCUUCCAGUGGUGAGAUUGUCUGCAGGAUUACAAAAUGGCAGACUUUCUAUUGUGGGAUUUCAUACAUCUUCUAAGUUACAACAAGAGUUGGUAGAAGUAUUCAUAGAUGACAAACCAGUUCAGGUUCCACCAGGGACCACUGUAUUGCAGGCCGCUGCAAAAGUAGGAGUAGAAAUUCCUAGAUUUUGUUAUCAUGAACGCUUAGCUGUGGCAGGAAAUUGUAGAAUGUGCCUUGUGGAAAUUGAAAAACAAGUUAAGCCUGUUGCAGCUUGUGCCAUGCCUGUUAUGAAAGGAUGGAGAGUGAAAACUAAUUCUGAUUUAACUCGUAAAGCUCGAGAAGGUGUUAUGGAAUUUUUAUUAGUAAACCAUCCUUUAGAUUGUCCCAUCUGUGAUCAAGGUGGUGAAUGCGAUUUACAAGAUCAAAGUAUGGCAUUUGGCAGUGAUCGAAGUAGAUUCGUUGACAUUAAUUAUAGCGGUAAAAGAGCAGUGGAAGAUAAGGAUAUUGGACCUUUGAUAAAAACAAUUAUGACACGAUGUAUCCACUGUACAAGAUGUAUUCGGUUUGCAUCUGAAGUAGCUGGAAUCGAUGAUUUAGGAACUACAGGCCGUGGAAAUGAUAUGCAAGUAGGAACAUAUGUAGAAAAGAUGUUUUUAUCAGAGUUAUCUGGUAAUAUCAUUGAUUUAUGUCCUGUUGGAGCAUUAACGAGUAAACCAUAUGCUUUUGUUGCUCGUCCAUGGGAAACACGUCGUACGGAUAGUAUCGACAUUCUCGAUGCUGUUGGUAGUAAUAUAGUGAUAUCGCACAGAACCGGUGAAGUUCUGAGAAUUUUACCGAGAGUAAAUGAGGAAAUAAAUGAAGAAUGGCUCUCAGAUAAAGCACGUUUCUCUUAUGAUGGGCUAAAGCGGCAAAGACUUAUAACUCCUAUGAUAAAAAUCAAUGGAAAAUUAGAAGCUGUUGAAUGGGAAGAUGCUCUUGUAGCAACUGCUAAAGCUACUCAAAAUAUACCUUCAAAUAAGUGUGCAGCAAUUGCUGGAAAAUUAGCUGAUGCCGAAGCACUAGUUGCCCUGAAAGAUUUAGUAAACAGACUUGGUGGUGAAACCCUUGCAACAGAACAAUCCUUUCCAAAACAUGGUUCAGGUAUUGACAUAAGGAGUAAUUAUUUAUUAAACAACACAAUUGCUGCAAUAGAAGAGGCUGAUGUCGUAUUAUUGAUUGGUACUAAUCCGAGGUACGAAGCACCGCUGGUAAAUACUCGUUUAAGAAAAGGAUACAUUCAUGGCGAACAGACUAUUGCUCUAAUUGGCCCGAACGUAGAUUUAACAUAUGAUUACGAACAUUUAGGUGAAUCUCCAGAUAUUAUAACAAAAUUAAGAAAUGGCAGUCAUUCAUUUUCGAGCACUUUGAAAUCUGCUAAAAGACCUCUAAUCAUCUUAGGUGUUGAGCAAUUAACUAGAAAAGAUGGAGCAAAAAUUUUGUCCGAGGCACAGUUAUUGGGACAAACCUUGGGAGAAAACUCGAAAGCUCCUGAAGAAUGGAAAGUUUUAAAUAUUCUUCAUACAAACGCGUCCCAAGUAGCAGCAUUGGACGUGGGUUAUUCAUCAUCUGUUGAGGAAGUUAAAGAACAGCAACCAAAAGUUCUCUUUUUACUAGGAGCUGAUGAUACAAAUAUAAAGAAAGAAGAUUUUCCAAAUACUUUCAUUGUAUAUAUAGGUAGUCACGGCGAUGAGGGGGCUUCGAUUGCAGAUGUUAUACUUCCUGGAGCUGCGUAUACCGAAAAAGUUGCAACAUACGUAAAUACAGAAGGUCGAGCGCAACAAACUUGUGCUGCAAUUACACCACCGGGUUUAGCACGACCAGAUUGGAAGAUCAUACGGGCUCUUUCCGAAGUUUGCGGAAUUUGCUUACCCUAUGACAACUUGUCGGAAGUAAGAUGUAGGCUGGAAGAAAUUGCACCGCAUUUAGUUAGAUAUGGUAAUGUAGAACCGGCCAAUUAUUUUGCUCAGGCAUUGGAGUUAUCAAAGAAAGUGGGCGGGUCCUUGUCUUCGAGUCCACUGAAAAUUAAGCAAAAGUCGUUGGAUCACUUUUUCAUGACAGAUGUGAUAUCUCGUGCUUCGCAAACUAUGGCAAAGUGUGUGCAAGCAGUUAUUAAGCAACGAGAAAGUACUUUAUAGACAUUAAUGAUGAAUGUAAAUAGCAGACUGUGUUAUGAUAGAUAUGUGAUAGUACAUGAGAAUAUAUUAAAAGUAUAGUACUUUUAUUAAAGAGUAAGAUCAAUUUCCAAGAGUGCGG